CUUUGAAACUAUGCGCUAAUUUCGUUACCAGCAUCCAGAUUUGUUAUCUAGACAACAUUCGUGAUACUGUCAGUACAGUAGUUCAUGAAGGAUUAUUGUUGCAACAUUAUUUUAUGUAUUGAAAUGUUACACAGUUGAAGUAAUGCCUCCAUAACAUUUGUGGAAGUUUGUGAGCUUUGCUGGUAUUUAUUCUUCGAAUUUAUUUGGACAGCUCUGUUGGGCGAUGGAGUUCAUCCAGAUAAAGGACAUAAGACAAGGCUUGAAAAACAUAAAUGUGGUGUUCAUAGUGCUGGAGGUAGGGCCGCCGACGGUGACCAAGGAGAACCGGGAGGUGCGGACGUUCAAAGUGGCGGACACGUCCGCGAGCAUCAACGUGUCCAUCUGGGACGACCCGGGCCAGAUGCUGGUGCCGGGGGACAUCGUGCGGCUGACCAAGGGCUACGCGUCGGUGUGGCGCAACUGCCUGACGCUGUACUCGGGCAAGUCGGGCGAGAUCCAGAAGAUCGGGGAGUUCUGCAUGGUGUUCAACGAGCAGCUGAACAUGAGCGAGCCCAACCUGGCGCUGGCCGCCCAGAACGCCGGCCUGGCCAGCAGCAACGGGGGCACCACGGGGCGCCACGUGGUCCCGCCAGGCGUCCCGGGCCCGCUGCCGCAGCAGCAAAACUCCGUGGGGCUGGGGAAGAGCGGACCUCCGGCACGGUACAGCGUGGAGUCCCCCGGGGUGAAGCCCCCAGGGAAGGGCGGUCAGCGAGGGCGCGGGGGCGCCCGCAACAGUUCCCGGGAGAGGCGGUGAACGAUAGUUCCCGCAAGCAAGCGUCCCGUUUCAUGACCACAUUUUAACAAUUUAAAAGAGGAGAUAAAAGCCAUUUGGAUGCAUAAGUUUUUUUUAGCGACCUUCAUUUACUGUCACUUAAUUAAAAUUUGACUCUUGACAAGGCAUAGCACACAAUGGUUUGCCUGAUUGGCUAUUCUUAUUGUGUGGUGUUAUAGAGCUUGACAUUACUAUUCAGUUUUAAGGGGUUGCCUAGCAAGGAGUGUACAUGUGUGAGCAUCAAAAAGGAGGGCGAUAAAGAAGCGUGACUCUUACAGUGACAACUAAUUUCAUGUUUCGCCCAACAUGUCACUAUCUGUUGGGUGGGCCCGUUACCACUAGCAGAAAAAAACUCAAGUUAUUUUCACUCAUAAUAAAUAAGAUAAUUGUUCCGUAUCACGUAUUCAAGUUAAAUGCUUGAUCCUGAUGGCAUGUAUGUGUAAAUGUUAAUCAUGUGGUACAUAAUGCGUGCUAUUUUAAUUUAGUAUGCCAAUAUAUCCUAGUCAAAUCAUCACAAUACAAACAAAUUAUGUCAGGUCUAGCGGAAAAAUUUAUUUUGUAUUCAACUAACGAUUAUAAUCCAGUGUUAUAUUACAAGUUUUUGUAAUGUCCAUGAUCUUUCGACAUACUAAAUUAAACUGCAAGGAUAAUUUAUCACAGGAUUAAUGUAUACAGGAUCAUACCAUCAGGAUCAAGGUAUAAACUUGGGAUAUGUGAUGUUUACCAAAAAUGCAUUACGAAUCAAAACUUGGAAACAAAACUACAAUUCCGAUAUCAGUGUAAUCUUUUAGCAGGCAUCACUUAGCUAUGUUGAGCAGUUUUUAAAUGGAAUGUCUUCUCCACACUUUGUGUGCGCCCAUGUUAGGUAUAGAGAUAUCGCUAUUGUACAUGCUCGCAAAACCAGUUCCUGUGUCCUGUGUCUUUAAACGAGUCUAAUUUUUAAGAACAGUUCAAUGGAAGUAACGCGAGGGGGAAAAUAAUGAGUGAAUCCAAAAUGGCAUUUAACUUCCUUCCUUACAACUGAAUGAACUCGCAGGUUUAACGUGUGAUACUGCUCCGGUGCAUUGAAGCUUCAAGCCAGGGUAUUACUGCUGUGAUGCAACUCAACUAAGUGUGAUUGUAAAUUAUUGGCAGAAAUAAAUUAAAUUUUUCUUCAUUCA